AUGGCUUUGAAACCCAAAUCCGCGAUAAUAUCCCCCCUGUCCCCCUUCACCCCCGACCUCUACCAACGCGCCUGGUGCUCCAUCCCCCACCCAACCUUACCUCUUAUCGCAACCGCCCACGCCAAAUCCGUCACCGUCUUCUCCCUCUCCACCUUCACCAAACACAGCUCCCUCACCGGCGGGCAUUCGCGGUCCGUCCGUACCGUCGCAUGGCAGCCGCCCUUCGAUAACGACAGUAAUAAAGGAGGGGGGAAGAGGCUGAGAUUGGUAACGGGCAGUUUUGAUGCAACAGCCGGGUUGUGGAGUUAUAAACCUAAGGCAGAAGAUGAGCUGGAGCAGGAGGUUAAGUUCGGGAAUGGGGAUGGGAGCGACAAUGAGGAGGAGGAGGAAGAUGAAUGGGAGUUUACCCUGGUCCUAGAAGGGCAUGAGAACGAAGUCAAGGGGUUAUCGUUCACCCCCUCGGGCCAGUACCUCGCCACAUGUUCCCGCGACAAAUCUGUUUGGAUAUGGGAGGAUGUGUCGCUUGCUUCGUCGGACAUACCUGGUAUCCCCUCUGGAGAGGGGGAAGAUGAAUGGGAAACGGUUGCUGUUUUGACCGAGCACGAAGGGGAUGUCAAGGCUGUGGCGUGGGCGCCUUCUCAGCUGCCGAAUUCCCGCCCGAAAAACGCGAGUCGGUAUUAUAGCGCGGAAUGUUUGGCUAGCGCAAGCUACGACAAUACGGUGCGGAUUUGGCGCGAAGAUGCGGCCGAAGGACCGGGAGAGUGGGUGUGUGUGGCAGUGUUGGAGGGUCACGAGGGGACGGUGUGGAGUCUUCAGUGGGAAAGCAAAGAAAGAGAAGAUGGGAGGUUUCCGAGGUUGAUGACGUGUAGUGCGGAUGGGACGGUUAGGGUUUGGAGGGUGAAGCACGACGAGGAUGAGGACCAAGAUGAAGGGCAGGGGCUGAUGGGGAGGUUUGGAGCCAUCCCUAACACGAUGAGACGAUCGUUGAAGGAAGAGUGGGAGUGUGAGGCUGUGUUGCCAAGGGUGCAUUCAAGAGAUGUGUACUCGAUUAGUUGGAGUGCCAAGACGGGGCUGGUGGCAAGUACGGGGAGCGAUGGGGUUGUUGCGAUUUAUGCGGAGGACCCUGAUGCUCAGGAAGAGGGGGUGAGCAGAUGGAGCGUGAUUGGGACAGUGAAGAAUGCACAUGGGCCAUAUGAGGUUAACCAUGUGACAUGGUGCAAGAGGUGGGAUGCUGGGAUUGAGGCUGAGAGGAGGGGGAAGGAGGAGAUGCUGGUUACGACAGGGGAUGAUGGGGUUGUAAAGGCUUGGGAGGUGAGAGUUGAGUAG